AUGACUGUCAGCAACGGAGAUACACAUACCAAUGGCUCGGCUACUAAUGGUCAUGCCAAAGGUGCUUUUGUUGACAGCACCAACGUGGCAAUCUCUGCCAAUACUCCGGAGAAAGUUCCUGCUCUCCUUGAAAAGAUUUCAUCUUUUGGAAACAGAUUCGCCCCGGAAGAUUCCAAGGCACGGAUUGAGCUUCUCGAUGCCGCUAGAUCGCUAGUCUACGCCCUCGAAACACCUAGAGAGGCUAUGAUCAGAUUCUGCUGGUCUCAGUCGACCUCCUAUGCCGCAGUCGAGACGUGUGUUGAUCUUGAUAUAUUCGCCCAUCUUUCCAAGGAUGAUAAACCCAAAACUGUUGCUGAGCUGGCAGAGACUGCAGGAGCGGACUCGGUCCUUGUUGCUCGCCUUCUCAAGCAUAUUUCCGCCAUGGGCGUGAUCACCGAGACCGCACCUGAUACCUACCGCCGCACCGGCUUCUCGACCUCGCUGAGCAUGGAGAGAUAUAGUGAUGCAUUUCCUUGCUUGACUGCUUGCAUAAAUGACGGUAUCUAUGCUCUUCCGGCACUCUUGAAGAAGACUGGGUACAAAAACCCGUCCGACGGUAACAACUGUGGCUUCCAGCUUGGAUUCAGGACAGACCAGCAUUUCUUCGAAUUCCUAAAGCACAAUCCCUUGACGGCCAAGCAAUUCAACAACCACAUGAGCGCGUACCACCAGGGCCGUCCAAGUUGGAUGGAUGUUGGGUUCUACGACGUGCCCAGUCUUUCUCAACCAUUGCAAAAUGAUUCAGACGUGCUCCUGGUUGAUAUAGGUGGCAACUUAGGGCAUGAUAUGUCGGAAUUCCAUCGUAAGUGGCCUAAUGCCAAAGGCCGCUUGAUCAUUCAGGAUCUGCCCGAAGUGGCCAGUCAGGCUAGACAGCAGUCCUUGCACGAAUCGAUUGAUAUCAUGGAUCAUGACUUUUUCAAAGAGCAACCGGUCAAAGGGGCUCGUGCAUAUUUUAUGCAUUCUAUCCUCCACGACUGGGCUGACGAGAACGGCCUGAAAAUCCUUCGGAACAUUGUACCCGCUAUGAAGCGUGGAUACAGCAAAGUUCUGAUCAACGAGAACGUGAUUCCAGACACUAAUGCCUACUGGGAAACCACCAGCUUAGACAUUAUCAUGAUGGCUGACUUUGGCUCGACAGAGCGCACUGCAGCCCACUGGCACAUGCUUGUGGAGUCCGCCGGUCUAAAGAUCGCCAAGAUCUGGACUGCUCAGCGCGGUGUUGAGAGCCUGAUUGAGUGUGAGCUCGCGUAA